GGUCCAGUUGUAGAGUGACCUGAGCAUUGUGGGGAAGGGGGGGAAGGAACGGAGAUGGACUUCGCCAAGGUCUUCUUCACUUCCGAAUAUUCCGCCGAUCUAUGAAGGCCGCCUCUUCUUCCCGAACUCGGUCGUCGCUAGAUUUGGCGUUCGUAGUCUCACGGCCGAGGGCGGUGGCGUUGUGACAAGCUGCGACCAGCUCUUGUGACAUUGAGAGAGAGAGAGAGAGAGAGGGGGAGAGGGAGAGAAAGAGAGAGGGCUUUCGAGAGAGAAAGCAAUAGGACCGUGGUCUUGUGACCUGCAUUGUUUGUUUACCGGAGGCGAAGUUCUGUCAACGAGAUAUAGCAACAUUUCGAUUGGUUUCGGGACCGAUGGUGGAGUGCGGAUCGAGCGAUUUUCACAGAACGCCACUGUAGUAGUCACGCGGCCAUCAAGAUUCAUCCAAAGAUAGUACUACUUAAAUCACACUGAAAACGACCGACUCUUUCUCCUACCUCAUCACUGUAGUACUACAUAAGCCACCGGCGCCCCGUAUGAGACCCAGCUGAGAAUAAACAACAACAGCAUCAGCAAUAAAAAUGACGACAACAUCAAUCAUGCCGUCCUACACCACCUUGCCAGAACCCGAACUGAACGUUUGGCUGCGCCUCUACAUCUACGGGAUCCAUGGAUUCCUGAUCGAGAUCUUCUUCACGGCCGCGUGGGAAUUCGCCCUCCACCAGGAUUGGGCUCUGACAGGUUGCACGAGCGUGUGGUCACUCUUCAUCUACGGCGUGGGAACUCUGGUCGGGGAGAAGUUCUACCGGCGGUUCCACGCGACGGUUCCCCUCCUCAUCCGCGGGUUGGUCUACGUCGCGUGGAUCUACCUGUGGGAAUACACGACAGGUCGCAUACUACGGAUGUACGACGCGUGCCCCUGGGACUACACGGAGCGGCGGUACAACGUACACGGCCUAAUCACCUUGGAGUACUUCCCUGCCUGGUACACGGCUUCCAUCCUCACCGAGCAGCUGAUCAUCCACAACGUCUUGUUUCUCUCCCUCUGCCCGCAAGACAGUCACAACAGAUUGAACCAGAAGGGCUAAAUGUUCAUGGAUUCUCCGGCAACCUAGGCUUAGGUCCUGUCUAGGCCUAACCCUACGGGUACAUGCUGGGAUAACCCCCUAGGGAAACGCAGCCCUUGAACAUUUUUUUUAAGUGUCGUUGUCCUACCGAUGUUAUGGUUCGUUGUUGAAGUUUUAACAGAAGUUUAGUUGCAGACAUUCCGUGAUUUUGAAGCUACAAGAUGAAGUGAUUUCGUUCUCUCUCUCUCUCUCUCUCUCUCUCUCUCUCUCUCUCUCUCUCUCUCUCUCUCUCUCUCUC